AUGAUUUCUAGGCGAAUUUCUGCCGCCUUACUUGUUUUGGCAAUAGUUGUCGCAGCCGCAAAUGGACGAGCCUUCGGGAAUUGCGAGGACUAUUGUUUACCAGGAGCAAGAUGUUGGCCAACCCACGAGGACAUCGUGCAGUUUAAUGAAUCAACUAAGGGCAGGGCCAAUAAGAGGGUGCGUGUCGUUGUUGGCGGUUCCUCCCACACAGUAACAAUAGGAGGUUAUACCCAAGGAGGUGGCCAUUCUCCCAUUGGAAGAAAAUUCGGAUUGGGUGUUGACAACCUUUUAGACGUGGAACUAGUCAGUGCAAAUGGUUCUCUUGCGCAUGCAGACAAAGAUGGCACUACUGUUACAGACACGGUAACGGGUCUCCAGUCUCACUCGUCCAACCCGGAUAUUUUCUGGGCGGUCCGUGGUGGCGGGGGGUCUACGUUUGGAAUCAUUACAUCAUUGACCUUUAAGCUACAUUUUGACUCAAAGAUGGUAAUGAUCCUCUGCUCUACCCCGAUAUUUGAUGAACAAGGACGCAAUAUUGGUCAGAAUUUUAUGGAUUCAUUUAACCAACUCUUAACUACCUCUUUGGCACCAGAAUGGGGUGGGUAUGAACUUAUUAGAGUAAAUCAGGGCGAAACGCAAGGCAAUGUUAUAUUGUUUUUGAAUCAUUACGGGGAAUGGGGUUCACCCUCUUUUAACACGAUAUCUCCAGUGCUACCGACUUUUUCACAGCACUGCUUAUUUUAUAACGUUUCAAACUUUCUAGAAUAUGCAGUGAAUGCAAAUGACUCGUUAUAUUACAGAACUUACAUUUUCAACAGAUUACUUCAACGCGACUCCUUCACACCAAGAUUCUACAAUUACCUCUUCAACAUGGUCACAGAUCCAAACCGUAAAUCCUUUCUUCUGUGCACUGGUGUACUAGUUGGAGGCAACAUUAACCAUGUCAGUUCCGAUGAAACGCCCAUGAACCCAAGCUUCCGGACGGCUUUUGUAUCGAUGACAUGCGCAUUAUCAUGGCACGAUCCAAGCCGAGAUGAAGAAAUGAUUUCUCACGCGGAAAACGUUACGAAAGGGUUUCUACAGUUUGGAAAAGGCAUUUUCUUCAAUGAGCCUUCGGUUUAUCAGCCAGACUGGAAAACGGCAUACUGGGGAGUUCACUAUGGGAGACUGUUGGCAAUCAAGAGGGAAUGGGAUCCGGACAAUAUAUUAACUUGUCACCAUUGUGUCGGUUCAGAUUUAGUUAAGGGAGCAAAUUUCUAUGAUAAUCCUUUGAGCAGUAAUGGUCUCCCUAUUGUAGGAUAA